AGUUCAUCUCGAAUAUCGAGACCGAGAAUAGCCCGCGAGGUUUUUUCGUCCGCGACAGUUCUACUUGUUUUUAUUUUGCACCGAAAGUAUCAAAAAUAGUCUGGAUUACAUUUAAUUCGUGAUAAAUUGUGUGUGUUGCUAUUAAAUUGUGCUCUUAUGUUCUUUUUGGAUUACUUUUAAGUGAGAAAAUAUAAUUAAUUUCAGAAUGUGUGAACGUUGACGAAGAUGAUCCCGAUAAAAGCGGUAGUGUGGUUGGCAAACCUGUUAAUCCUAGCGGCAACAGGAGCCGAGCACGUCCGCCAGCUCGAAAUAUCCGAAGGAGUACCAGUAGGAACAAGAAUCGAUUUCAUAGGCGACGGUGCGUCACCCGACAGCGGUCCUCCUUAUUUAAUAGUACCCGUAACAAGCACCGUAGAAACAGAUCUAUCCAUCGAUCAUAAUACGGGAGAAAUACGAACUAAAGUACCUUUGGAUCGAGAAACGAGAGCUAGUUAUUCCUUGGUAGCGAUAUCGAUUGUAAGCGGUAACAACGUCGAAGUUAUUGUUAAGGUUUUAGACGAAAACGAUAAUGCUCCUACGUUUCCAGUGGCUGUGAUGGAUAUAGAAUUUCCGGAAAAUACUCCUAGAGAUGUUAAAAGAACGUUACAUCCAGCGCGCGAUCUAGAUCUCGAUAUUUACAACACGCAAAAGUAUAAUAUAGUUUCGGGAAAUAUAAAUAACGCUUUUAGACUAUCGUCUCAUAGAGAACGCGAUGGUGUUCUUUAUUUAGAUCUACAAAUCAACGGCGUAUUAGAUAGAGAAACAACAGAUUCUUAUACUUUAAUAAUUGAAGCGUUAGAUGGAGGUACGCCGCCUCUAAGAGGCGAGAUGACAGUUAAUAUAACCAUACAAGACGUCAACGAUAAUCCGCCGGUGUUUAAUCAGAGCAGAUACUUCGCUAGUAUACAAGAAAACGCUACGAUCGGUACUAGCGUGUUAAAAGUAACAGCUACCGAUGCCGAUGCCGAUGAAAACGCACAAAUUGAAUAUUUCAUCAAUAGAAGACAAAGCGAUAAAGAUAAUAUGUUUCGAAUCGAUUCUUCUACCGGUUUAAUUCACGUUAAUAAACCUCUGGAUUUCGAAUUGAAGGAGUUGCACGAAUUGGUAAUAGUUGCUAAGGAUCACGGUUUACAACCGCAAGAAACGACGGCUUUCGUUUCGAUAAAAGUGACUGACGUUAACGAUAACCAACCGACUAUAAAUGUUAUAUUUUUGAGCGACGACGCUACUCCGAAGAUAAGCGAAUCGGCUCAACCUGGUGAAUUCGUAGCGAGGAUAAGCGUCCACGAUCCCGAUUCGAAAACCGAUUAUUCCGACGUUAACGUUACACUUUCAGGAGGCGACGGUCACUUUGGUCUAACCACCAGAGACAAUAUAAUAUAUUUGGUUAUAGUAUCUCUACCUUUAGAUAGAGAAUUGAAACCUAAUUAUACUUUGAAUGUCGAAGCUACCGAUAACGGUAAUCCUCCUCUUCGAGCUACAAGAACCAUCGAUCUACAAGUAACGGAUAUAAAUGAUAACGCUCCAGAAUUCGAUCAGGAUGUUUAUAAGGCGAACGUUAUGGAAGUUUCGGAUCCGGGUACGUCGGUUUUACAAGUUAUCGCCGUCGAUAAAGAUGAAGGUAAUAAUAGUGCUAUUAGUUAUUCUCUUCUCGAUACUCCGGAUACGCAUUCGGGAUGGUUCCGUAUCGAUGCUAGAAGUGGUUUAGUGACUACGCGCGCUCAUGUCGAUUGUGAAACUGAUCCAGUGCCUAAAUUGAUAGUAGUGGCUACGGAUAACGGUUUCCCGCCGUUGUCUUCAUCGGCGACAGUGUUAGUGACUAUUCAUGAUGUUAAUGACAACGAGCCUAUCUUCGAUCAAAGCUUUUAUAACGUGUCCGUGGCGGAGAACGAACCCAAAGGGCGAUGCAUUUUAAAGGUUUCCGCAACUGAUCCAGAUUGUGGUGUAAACGCUAUGGUAAAUUACACCCUGGGUGAUGGUAAUACGAGAAAUAAAGAUUUUUCAGUUCGUUCCGAAUCUGGAGAAAUCUGCAUCAGUUCUACUUUGGAUUAUGAAAAAAGAAAUGUGUACGAAUUUCCGGUGAUCGCUACAGAUCGGGGAGGUCUAAGUACAACGGCAAUGGUGAAAAUCCAAAUAACCGACGUCAACGACAACCACCCGAUCUUCUACCCAUCGGAAUACAACGUUUCGCUUGGAGAAAAUGGAUCAUCUUCAUCGACUACGAUACCGGUAGUAAUAGUAGCAGCUACCGAUUCCGAUUCGGGUAAAUUCGGUACUAUAACCUAUAAAAUCGUAUCGGGAAACGACGCCGGUGUAUUUAGAAUAGAAAAAUCUACGGGGGAAAUAUUUAUUAAUAGACCUACGUUGUUAUCGGCUAGAGGACAACCGUAUCACAGAUUGAACAUCAGCGCCGUCGACGGGGGAAAUUUGAAAUCAUUGAAAGACGCCGAGGUGUAUAUCAGCGUUAUCGAUUCCACUCAAAGACCACCGAUUUUCGAACAUCCCAGGUACAUAUAUACGGUUAGUGAGAACGUUUGGAAAAAUACCGUCAUAGGGACCGUCAAAGCAACGGUAUUCAAUAACGUUGGCAGAUCCAACGUGAGAUAUUCCAUUUACUCCGGGGAUCCAGACGGUUUGUUCAGCAUAGAUAGUUUGACGGGCGUCAUAACUACUGCGUCAAAUUUAGAUCACGAAACCAAAUCUAGUGUUCUAUUGAACGUCCAAGCAACCAGUGGAGAACCACCAGUAUACGGACACACCCAGGUGAAUAUAGAGAUAGAAGACGUAAAUGACAACGCUCCCGAAUUCGAUUCGUCGAUAGUUCGUAUUUCGGUACCGGAAAACGUCGAAAUAGGUUCCCCUCUAUAUUCAGCCCACGCCAAAGAUAAAGAUUCCGGAAGUAAUGGAAUAGUUAAUUACAAAAUUAUCAACAAUCCUUACAGCGGUUUAUUUAAAGUCGAUACCAAGAACGGAGAUUUAACCAUUACCAGACGUUUGGAUUACGAAACGUCGCAAAGACACAGCUUGGUGAUAACUGCUACUGAUAACGGUGUUCCAUCUCUAUCUUCCAACUUAACUGUAUUGGUUGAGGUGCAAGACGUUAAUGAUAAUGCUCCGGUGUUUGAAAGGAGCGAAUAUUCUUUGAGCAUAUUGGAAUCGCUCGCAAUUAAUACUCAGAUACUUCAGCUUACAGCCAUUGAUGCCGAUAGCGGAAACAAUGCAAGAAUAACGUACAGACUUAUAACUUCGAAUUCAUCUCAUGAUACUGAUAAUCAAGAAACUUUCGGAAUUUUUCCCAAUAACGGUUGGAUUUAUCUGCGCGCUCCUUUAGAUAGAGAAAUAAAAGAUAAAUACGUUUUGACCGUUGCUGCAACUGAUAAUGGUACUCCAUCAGAAACAACCACUACAAAGGUGCUACUAGAAAUCCUUGAUGCUAAUGAUAACGAUCCAGUUUUUGGAAACGAUUCGUACGAAUUCAGUAUAGAGGAAAAUUUAGGAAGAGGCACUUUAGUCGGAAAAGUGUCGGCCACGGACGCGGAUAUAGGAAAAAACGCUGCCAUCAGAUACAGCUUGAUACCAACAAAUAGUAGCUUUCAAAUCAAUCAAAUCAGUGGUGAAAUCACUACAAAAGAAUCCUUAGAUCGCGAACAGAAACAGUCGCACGAUAUCGUCGUAGAAGCUAGAGACCAAGGAGUACCGUCUAGAAGUAUUAGAAAAACCAUCGUCAUAACAGUAUUAGACGUAAACGAUAACGCUCCGGAAAUAGUAGAUCCUCAAGAAGACGUCAUUAGCGUUCGAGAAGAGCAACCUAUCGGUACCGAAGUGGUCAGAAUAAGAGCUGUAGACCUAGAUAACGGUUCCAACGCUUCAAUAACUUACUCGGUUGUAAAAAAUCGAGAUUACGAUGGACAUAACGUAUUUUCCAUAGAUCCCGUAACUGGAAUUAUCAAAACUCGCGCCGUACUAGAUCACGAAGAAAAAACAAUCUAUCGAUUAGGUAUUGCGGCUACGGACGGCGGUCAACCUCCCAAAGAAACCGUUCGAAUUUUGAGAAUCGAAGUUUUAGAUUUGAACGAUAACAGACCGACGUUCACCAGCUCGAGUUUGGUAUUUAGAGUGAAAGAAGACGCUCCAAUCGGACACGUAGUUGGAUCGAUAUCGGUAUCAGAACCGACGCACGAAAAUUCGUUGAACGGAGCCGGAGGAUACGUCACUUAUACGUUAACUUCCCUAUCGACGGACGUUUUGAACGACGCUUUCGAUAUAGAUAGAAGCACCGGUACUUUAGUCGUCUCCAGACAAUUAGACAGAGAAACCCAAUCGGAAUACAAGCUAGAAGUGAGAGCUUUAGAUACUAGCGCUAUGAACAAUCCGCAAAGUAGCGCGGUUACCGUAAGGAUAGACGUCGCCGACGUCAACGACAAUCCUCCCAAAUGGUCCCAAGACCCGAUUACAAUCCAAUUGAACGAAAACACCGAUAUCGGUACUGCUAUAUACAAUUUCACAGCUUCGGAUCACGAUACCGGUACAAACAGCGAUCUACGAUACGGUUUAAUGGAACAAUUUCCACGGGACGGGAGUUUUUCCAUCGAUUCCUUAACCGGUACGUUGAUUCUAACCUCGAAACUCGAUUUCGAAACGACGCAAGAAUAUACUUUAAUCGUAUCAGCAACCGAUCAAUCUUAUAACGUAUCUGAACGAUUAACAGCUUCGGUUACGGCGAAAAUAUCCAUACUAGAUACCAACGAUAAUCCGCCGGUGUUUGUUACACCCUUAACGGUCGUUUAUAUUACGGAUACUACCAUCGUCGGUAUGACCAUCACCCAUAUCGUAGCUAUCGAUAAAGAUAGCGGCGAUAACGGUAAAGUCAGUUACGUUAUCACUAACGGCAACGAAGAAGGAAUUUUUUCUUUGGGAUACGAUACGGGAUGUUUGACUUUGGCGAAACCUCUAAGUGGUGAUCGAAAAAAUUUCGUUUUGAAUAUAACGGCCAACGACCGCGGCAGUCCCACUAGGAAAGCUACGGUGGAAUUGAAAUUGAUGGUUCGCGGUUCGGUGGAUAACGUUCCGAAAUUUUUGGAAGCGCAAUAUAUGAUCGAGGUGUCGGAAGAUGUCGCCGUCGGAUCUGUCGUGACGAAAAUGUCGGCCAAAAGUGGAUUCGUAAAGGAAGGACACAAUCUAACAUUCGUGUUACCUUCUGACGAAACUUUCGACAUAAUUUCAUCUACCGGUGAAGUUAUAAUUAAAAAACCCUUGGACAGAGAAAAAAUAGAAACCUACGUAGCUACGAUUUACGUCAGCGAAUCCUCUCACAAAACCACCCUAUUCGAUACGACGACGUUGGUAAUAAAAGUGACGGACGUCAACGAUAACUUCCCCAAAUUCCAACCGGGUUCUUGUUACAAACUAUCCGUGCCGGAAAAUUCCGAUACGGCCGUCAUUCACACGAUAGUCGCCGAAGACGAAGACGAAGGCGCCAACGGUGAAAUUUAUUACAGCAUAACCGGCGGCAACAUCGGAAAUAAAUUCAGCAUCGACGUCAAAAGCGGCGAAAUAUCUUCCAGACCGUUAGAUAGAGAAAGCCAAUGGAGAUAUUCUCUAACUAUAGUGGCUAGAGAUCGAGGGAAUCCGUCUUUACAGAGCGACUGCAAUUUGACGAUUUUCGUUGAAGAUCAAAACGAUAACGAUCCGAAAUUCGAUCUAUCCAAAUAUUCCGUAGCCAUAUCAGAAGACACGCCGAUCGAUACCUCGGUUUUAAAAGUACACGCUUCGGACGCCGACCAAGGAAUCAACGCCAGGAUCAUAUAUUCAUUAGCCAACGAAAGCCAUUGGUUAUUUCGGGUCGAUAAUAAAACCGGAGUUAUCACUACCGUUGGUUCUUUCGAUCGAGAAAAGCAGAGUACGUACAGUUUUCAUAUAGUAGCAACCGACAGUGGUAAAUACAACGCUAGAUCCCAAAGCGUUCAAGUGACCGUUAAAAUUUUAGACGUCAACGACAACAAACCAAUAUUCACCCAAUACCCUUUCAAACAAAAAGUCCUCCCUUACAUUCAACCCGGUCAAAUAAUACUUAAAGUAACAGCUAACGACGCCGACGAAGGCACCAACGCCGAUAUAGUUUACAGUUUAUCUAGAGGAGAUUCUUACGGGAAAUUUAGAAUACAUCCCAACACAGGAGUAUUGACAACAACGCAAAGUUUAGCUAGCAACAAAGGAAAAGUGAUCUAUUUAAACGUACAAGCGACCGACAAAGGAAAUCCGUCGAGGAGUUCGUCCGGUCUGGUGGAAAUCACCGUCGGCGACUUGCAAGACGGUUCGCCGGAACUGAAAUUCCAAAACGAUACUUAUACGAUACGAGUAGCCGAAAACGCCGAACAAUUCACCGAUAUCGUUCAAGUAUCCGCUAUAAGAACCGACGGUAGACGCCAGAAGAUAUUAUACAACAUCGGUAGCGGUAACGAAGAUAAUAUCUUCGUUAUUAAUUCCGAUAGCGGGAUAAUACAAGUGCGCGAUUCCAAAAAUCUCGACUACGAACUACAUAAAACUAUCGAAUUAACGAUAGAAGCCAAAACGGAAGGUUCGCCGUCUUUGCGCGGUUAUUGUAAAGUCGUGAUUCGAUUGACCGACGAAAACGAUAACGCUCCGAGAUUUACCCAACAGCGGUACGCCGCCAGCGUCUGGGAGGGUAAUAAAAAAGGGGAAUUCGUUUUACAAGUCAUCGCGUCGGAACCGGACGAAGGCGCGAAUUCGCGAAUACUGUAUCAUAUAGUGGACGGUAACCACGAUAACGCGUUUAAAAUAGAACCGGCGUUUAGCGGUAUAUUGAAAACCAAUAUCGUAUUAGAUAGAGAAAUUAGGGAUUUGUAUAGAUUAACUGUGAUAGCUACCGACGAAGGGGUACCGCAAAUGACGGGUACCGCGAGAAUCCGCAUCGAUGUUGUCGAUAUUAACGAUAAUCAGCCGACUUUUCCGCCUCACAGUAUCAUUACCGUUAAGGAAGAUACUUCCGUCGGAACGGUAUUAACGAUCGUAAAGGCUAACGACGUCGAUACCUAUCCGCCGUUGAUUUAUAAUUUCGCUAAGGAUAAUUUCAAAAACGAUUUGCAGUAUUUCAGUAUCGAUAGGUAUAGCGGUAAAGUGGUAUUGAUGAAAAAUUUGGAUUUCGAACUUUGGCGGGAAUGUAAAAUCGGUAUAGUAGCAUCGGAUACGGCGCAUUCGGCUCGAACUACUUUGACCGUGAAAGUUGACGACGUCAACGAUAACGCUCCGGUGUUCUUACAAUCGUCGUACGUCGCCAGUUUACCGGAUGGUAAUUCAUCACCCCUUAGCGACAUUCUCGCUUUAAACGCUAGCGACGCAGAUUCCGGCGAUAACGCAAAAAUAAUUUACUCCCUAGUAGAUCCGUUACCGGGUUUUUCCAUUGACGCAGAAGACGGUAUCCUACGAGCGAAUAUUUCCACGUUAUCCCAUUUGAACGAAGAUAUUUUACUAACCGUAAAAGCCACAGACUCAGGAACACCACCACUACAUACUUUGGUGUCAGUUAAAGUAAAAACCAACGGGGGCGUCGCUACCGGCACGAAAUCGUCGAACAAAAUGGAUUAUAAGGUUAAUAUACCGGAAAAUACGACCAUAGGAAGUUCCGUUAUACAUUUAACGAAACCAACGGACGCUCUCUUUAAAAUCGUAGAAGGAAACGAAGAAGGAAUAUUUGAGGUUAUAAAUCCAUCCGGAGACGUAGUUUUAAUCAAACCAUUAGAUAGGGAACGACAAGAUUUUUACAAUUUAAAAAUAUCCAACGAUAUUUCGUCUACAUCGAUGAUAAACCUCAAAAUUGAACUAGAAGAUUCCAACGAUAAUCCGCCGAUUUUCCAAAUCAUCGAUCACGAAAAAACCAUCAGCGAAAAUCUUCCGAUCGGUUCAACAAUCGAAACUAUAUCAGCAACCGACGCGGAUUUAAUCAAUACGCCGAAUUCUGAUGUUUAUUACGAAAUUACAUCGGGAAACGACGAAGGAAACUUCGAAAUACAUCGACGAACCGGAAUAUUGACGGUGAACAAAACUUUGGAUUUCGAUAAAGGAAACACCCGGUAUAACAUUGUUAUAAGAGCGUGCGAUCGAGGCGUACCGAUUCUAUGUACCCUUAAUACGUUCACGAUAAAUUUACGCGACGAAAACGACAACGAACCCAAAUUUCCCGUAACGGAAUAUUUGGAAUUCGUUAAAGAAAACGAACCCGUCGGUACGGCGGUAUUCACCGCACGAGCUACCGACGCCGAUAAAGGACCGUUCGGACAAUUAACUUAUAGUAUAAUACCGUCAUACGGACAAUUAGACAAUUCCUGGAAAUUGUUUAACGUCGAUAAAAUCACCGGUUUAGUUACCACAUCGACGGUAUUCGAUUACGAACAACGUAAUAAAUACAAUUUUAUAAUACAAGCGCGAGAUACCGGCGGUAAAUCGACAUCGAUCAAAACUCGAAUCGAAAUCGAAGGUAAAGACGAAUUCCAUCCGCAAUUUACCGAAAGAACGUACAAAUUAACAUUAGCUACGUCUUCGAUUUUACCGAUCGGUUAUAUAGCGGGUCGAGUUACCGCUACAGAUCGCGAUAAAGGUCCCGACGGUAGAAUCGUAUAUCAAUUGGCAACGCAGCAUCCUUAUUUCAAAGUUAACCGUACCACCGGCGAUAUAAUGAUCAAAAAGAAAUUAGAUUACUCCGAAUUACCGAUUACCGGUAGAGAAAUAAGUUUAAUUAUAACCGCUACUUCAGGUCGACAGGGUUCUUUAACGAAUACUACAGUAGUGGAAAUAAUUUUAGAUCCCCUAGCCGAUCCGGGUACUAAUCUAGCGAUAAACGGCGAUAUAAAUACUUCGAUACCGUCUACCGGCGGCGGUGGAAUCGCCGAUUGGGUAAUGGGGCUAUUAAUAGCUUUAAUAUUACUCGUUAUAACAUUCGGCGCCGUAUUCGUCUACCUACAUAUGAGAAAUAAACGUAAUAAAAAGAUAAAUAAACCUACUUUGGGUAACGAAGCCGUUUCGUCGUCGAAUAAUUACGUCGAUCCGAGCGCUUUCGAUACGAUACCGAUUAGAAGUCGAGUGGGUUCGUUACGUAACGGUAAUAAUCAAUUUGCGCCGCCGAAAUACGACGAAAUCCCCCCGUACGGCGCGCCGCAUCCGGCUAGUUCGAAUUCCGGCGCGGCGACUACUUCGGAAUUAUCCGGAUCGGAACGAUCCGGUUCGAGCGGUCGGGGUUCGGCGGAAGACGACGGCGAAGACGAAGAGAUACGAAUGAUAAACGAAGGACCUUUACCUAGAGAUCAAGGAGCGUUACAAGACGGCGACGCUCUAUCGAAUAAUUCUGUUAGAAAUACGCAGGAAUAUUUGGCGCGAUUGGGUAUUGUCAAUAAUAACGUUUCUAAUUCGAAUAGUAAUAAUAAAACGGUACCGCCGAUGGAUAUAUUCGACGAAGAAGUCGGUACGGAAAACGAUAUAACGAAUUUGAUAUACGCCAAAUUGAACGACGUCACCGGCGGCGGUAAUAGCGAUCGCGUCAGUUCGACUAACGACGGCGGUAUGAUGAACGGUUACGGCGACGUCGCCGCCGUUACGCAUCAACCGUCGAUGAACGGUUCAUUGAGUUCGAUAGUGCAUAGCGAAGAAGAAUUGGCGGGUAGUUAUAAUUGGGAUUAUUUGUUAGAUUGGGGACCUCAAUAUCAGCCGUUGGCGCACGUUUUUUCCGAAAUAGCGAGAUUGAAGGACGAUACAGCGUCGGUGCAUAGCGGGGCGAGUGCGACGUCUAGCGUUAAAAGUAAAAAUUCGGUAGCUCACGCGAAAAGUGUUCCGCCGCCGUUGAUAACGAGCAUAGCGCCGCGUUCUAUAGCGAUGCCGGUUUUGAAUAGUAGGAGCGCCGUUCAUCAUAAUCAAAUGAUGUUGUUACCUAGAUCGCCUAUUAGUCACGAUUUGGCGGGCGCUACUUCGACGGCGAUGUCGCCGAGUUUCUCGCCUAGUUUAUCGCCGUUGGCUACUAAAUCGCCUUCGGUAUCGCCUUUAGUGGCACCCGGAUUGCCGGCGUCUCAUCACGUUAUGGCCAGACAGACGGCGUCUAGGAAUAAAUCUGUCGUUGAUGCGGAACUGAGGAUUUGAUUAGUGAUUAGUGUAUGUGCGUGUGUAGGUAUAUAUAUAUAUAUAGCGUUUUGGCUGUGUUGCGUUUUACAGACUGAUAGAAUUGAUACAAAUUAUUUUGAAAUAGCAUUUUUCAUCUAAAAUUGAUUCAUUCCGUGAAUGAAUUUUUUUGAGUAAUAACAAAGUUUCCUUGGAUAUUUGUUGUUCCUAAAAAUUCAUAAUCUUAUCGAAACGACAAAACCCGUUGAGGUGCAUUGAAACUUUCUAAAAUCGUUUUAUUUGAAGGUUUAGUUAGUUUCUUAUCAUUUUGAUUUUUUUUUCUUAUGAAACUUCGUCAAAUGACCUUGUAAUCCCCUAUCGGUCACGUAGAUUAACAAUUUUUUUUUCAAUCCUGUAACAAUUCUUGGUCAUUUCUUAUGCACUUCAGAUAUUUGCUCAACCACUUUUUCACUUAUAUAACGUUCUCUAAUAUCCUUUUAUCUCUUGUUGUGAUACCUCCAGGUCGUCUUUUAACUACUUUCAGUCUUGUAAUAUCUCCAGGUCUCUUCUAAUCAUUCCUUGCACCUCCAGAUCUUUUCCCCACCACUCUAUUUGAAGUAUUAGUUCUUUUCAUAUCGUUUAAGAACUUUCUUACUGAUAUAACGUUGUCUAAUAUCCUUUUCUCUCUUGUUGGGAUACCUCCAGAUCAUCUUUUUACAGCAAAUCUUCUCAUAACCCCUUGUUAUGCCUACAGGUCUUUUCUUAGCCACCUUCAUACUGUUUCUAUACUUUUCACUCAUUCUUUUUUGUCUAACUCUACGUAAUGUCCUUUUGGUCUUUCGUGUGAUACUCCCAAGUUCUUUUUUCACCACUUAAAGAAACAAAUUCUUCUCUCAGUGUUUUAAGUCUCCUUCUAACCAUUUAAUAUUGCCUCCAGAUCUUUUCUUAUGUAAAAAUUAGUCAUCUUUAUAUUAUGUUUGUACUUUUCACUUAUUUCUUUAUAUCUAACUUUGUCUAAUGUCAUUUUAUUCCUUCUUGUGAUACCUAUUUAUAACCAUUUGAUCUAAAUAUCUAUCUUUUUGUUUUUUGAUACCUUCAAGUUUUGUUAUAUUAUUUUCUCUAUCACUUUUUCCCUUUUUUUCUUUUUAUAAAUAUGUCUAACCCCUUCUGGUUUCUUCUUUCAAUACCUCCUGGUUUUCCUUCAACCACUUAAGACUAAAUCUCCUUCCUUUUUGUCCUUUAAUACCUAAAAGUUAUAAUAUUUUUUCUUCUUUCCAUAUUGUUAUACCUCCUGGUCUUUUCUCAAACAUUUUAUUGAAUAAUUUAGUCACUUUCACAUCUCCAAAUUUUAUUUUAAUCGCAUUUCUCUUUUUUAUUUUUUGGUGUACCUCCAAAUCUUCACUCCAUCAAUUUUUUUUCAGAAUUUCACUUAUUCUUCUUCAUAUAAAUCUGUAUUACUUUUUCCUUUAAUACAUCCAAGUCUUUUUUAACCACUUUUUUAUCUUGCUUUAUAGCCUUCAUUCAACCAUUCAUUCUUCUAUUUGUCUACCUUGUAAUAUCUUCAAUUUUGCUUCUAACCACAUUCACUAAAUCUUGUAUUCACUGGCUUUUUACAUGUUGUGAAAAAUGGUAGUCAUCUUGUACCAAAAAAAAUUGUAUUAAAUUUCAGUUGGAACAUGAUAUUGUGUGAAAAUAACUAUCAACUGAAAAAAUUGGAAUAUUUCGAAGGAACGAUGUUUUUUUAAUGAAAAUAGCUAUUUUAAAAAAUACCAGAAACCAUUUUUUUAGUUAGUCCAUGUUUUAAUGUUUGUAAAUAACAAAUAAAUGCUCAUAUAGGUAGCAGCGCUGCCUGCCAUUCUUAGCCAUACAAACAACUAACAGUUUUACUUUUUAUUUUCCCAACAAUGAAAAUAAUUCUUUGAUUUUUCUAAUUUUGAUCUUAAUAAAAAAAUAAUGAUUUUUCUUCCUUAAGACUCCUUUUGUCAUUUGUUCAAAAUUUUGAAUCGAAGAAUAUUUUCAGUGUACUGUUGUAUGUAGGAUUUAAAUUAUUUUUGUACAAAUAUUGUAAAUUAGUUUUUUUUGUAUUAUUUGUUCAUUCACAAUGUAAAAAAACUAUUAGUCAAAUUACUACGUUUUUGUAGAAUUUAUUUUCUGUAAUAGAAUAUUUUUUUCCAUACCUGUACUUAAUCGACUGAAAAAAUACUGAUUUUUAAUCGGGUUGUAAAAAUGUAAAGUAUAAAUAAAUGAAUUAU